UUCUGGCAGGAAAAGCUGCCGUGCGAAGGUCGGAGCAGGGGUUAUGUGGCUGGGUGGCAACGGGGAUGCUGAGGAGGCGGGUGUACUUCCGGGUUCACACCUUGAUUUCCCUCCCUCCUCCGCCUGUCAGCCUUCAAGCUGUCACCCAGGGAGUGCUCUUGCUGCUGCAUGGGACGCGUGCGGGUGUUAGUGGAACUAUUAUUUAAAUAAUAACAGCAUGUCGUCUCAGAUCUCUGUGGCUGGAGCCACAGAGCGUCUAGUUGGUAUCGGCCAAGCCAUAGGUUGCUCCCAAAAUGUUUGCGUCAACUUGCACCGAAGUGAAAAUACAACGCCAUACGCGCACACAAAGCCCCGUGGGGCCAGCAAGUACUUCGGCAGAAAUUGGACACCAGGGGGCGUUCAUGUCCCUUCCUCUGCUCCCCCCGCCACAUACACUCCUUUACCCCUCUCCCCCCGCGCCUUGUUGCACAUAGAUCUUCUUUGUAUGUGCAAAAAGCUACCCAGGAAAUAAUCUUAAGGUGAAAGAGAGAUGCGCAGCGAGAACCUCAGCGCAGAACUUUGGAGAAACAGAGAGAAGGGAGAGAGCCUGGAGCUUAAAGUUGUGUACAACCAAGCACAGGAGGAUAAAAGAGAUGGACAGCUACAUUGUUUGCUAAGCGGGGCGUGAGCCUUAAACUGACUACAAGAGCAGAGGAUGAACCUAAUCUUUCACUGAUUGGUUCCCCAAAGGGACUAUUUUUAUGUGCACAGUGGUAACUAUUCCUGCCCUAUGUAGUUUUGCAGGAGAACUAGGGGAGAGAGGCAUGUCGUUAGUUGAUCUGUUGUAUAAAUCGGGGUCCUCUCUAUGGGAUUUUAAAAUGUGCGUCAGAAGACUAUGAGAUCAUUCUGGAAAGUCUCUUCAAGUCCAGCGGGGGCGAGUAAAGGUGGAGAUGAGCCCGGGAAAUUGCCGGAACAAGAAGAGGAGGAGGAAUCCCAGGUUUUGCACGGAACAGGCCAUUGCAAGUGGUUCAAUGUGCGAAUGGGAUUCGGAUUUAUUUCCAUGAUCAACCGCGAGGGAAGCCCCUUGGAAUCUCCGGUUGAUGUCUUUGUACACCAAAGCAAGCUUUACAUGGAAGGAUUUAGAAGCUUAAAAGAAGGAGAACCAGUGGAAUUUACAUUUAAGAAAUCUUCCAAAGGCCUUGAAUCAAUACGGGUAACAGGUCCAGGUGGGAUUCCCUGUUUAGGAAGUGAGAGACGACCCAAAGGAAAAACAGUACAGAAAAGAAAGCCAAAGGGAGAUAGAUGCUACAAUUGUGGUGGCCUUGAUCAUCAUGCUAAGGAAUGUACUCUACCUCCACAGCCAAAGAAGUGCCAUUACUGUCAGAGUAUCAUGCACAUGGUGGCGAACUGCCCACACAAAACUGUUCCGCAGCAGCCCACUAGUUAUCAGGGAAGAUACGAAGCAGACCCCCAGGCCUCCACCUCUGCGUUCCUGAGAGAAGGGGGAGGGGCGUAUGGCUACCCAUCUCCAUCCUGUUCUCAGGAGGGAAGAGCAGAUGUCUUAGAACGUUCAAGCAGGUCACCACAAGAAGCCACUUCAAGUAAGUUAUCUGCAUCGCCUGAAGAACAAAGCCGAAAGGGGCCCUCUGUUCAAAAAAGGAAAAAGACUUAAAACAGCUUUGUCGCAACCUUUCAUCUUCUUACCCUCUUGGGAUGUCUACCUCAUUCAAGCACAAGAAGAAGAAUUUCACUUCUCUUUCAACCAAACUGGAAUUUUAACUACUGUUGAACUGUGGUCUUCUACUUUAAAAACAAAAACAGACCAGUCACUCCAAGCAAAUCACAUUUGAGCUGAAUGUCUUGUGUUUUGCAUUGUAUGAAUGUGCACAUACCUUGAAUGUAUACAUUCAACACUCUCUGUUUCCUUGGAUACAUCAUCCAUUGCAAAGCAAUAGUUUGUGUGAUUUUUGGAUGCUUACUCCUGGAAUUUUUCUUUGUGUGUUGUCAUCUUGAUUAUUGAAGAAAAAAAGGAGACGAAACUAAUCACAACCGUUUUUCAUGACAACCAACAUUUUCUUUCACUUCUGAAUCCUGCCAAUAGACCAUGGUACUAAAGAUAUUAAGACAUCCCUGUAGGGUUCAGGGUAGUUUUCUUCUCCUCCUGUUACCCAGCACAAAAAUGCUUUGUUUUUUUACUUGUUCUUGACAUAAAAAGGGUAAUGCCUUGAAUUAAAUAUGCCUCAGAAUUGCCACAAUGUUUAAGGAGUUUAAGGCGCUCCCCUCUCUUUCCCUUCCCCCCAAGACAAUGAAUGUGGAGUUACUGUGCUGGUAUCUCAAAUAAUGUGUUAAGUUAAAAUGCAGGUUAGGUGACUGUGAGGGAGAAUGUGUACAUGACUGAAGUUAUUUUGAGUGGUGUUGAGAUCACCUUGUCCGACUCUUUGUGUAUUGUGCAGACUUUGAAGUGUUAGGAAGGUGGCAGCAGCAGCAGCUUCUUCUCUUAUUUGAUUUUUGCUAGUGACAUGCCACGUGUGAAGUGAAUUUUCUGACUUUUGAGAAGUGAACACAGAGGAAAAUGCCAACUGAAAUGGAUCCCUCGACCUUCCUUAAUGCCAUUGUUUAGUACUGAAUCUUUAGUGAACUCUGCAUAAUAAAACAAUAAUCAAAAGCUAUGACACAUGGCCGUUGCCCUCACAUACACACUAGAUGUAACACUUGCUCCAAGAGUUUCCUCACCAAGAAAUAUGAUUUAUAAUAAAAUUAUUGGAAUAAGAAGUAAACACUGUCAGAUUGCAGAUCUUAAAUCUAACGUAUUUCUCUUAUAAAUUAAGACAAUGACCUGAAUGGCUACUGGCUAUGGACAUUGGCUACUUGCCUGUAGACAAUGUGUUUGGCCAUUCCUGAUGUUACGUUUUGGCCAUCUUUUAAGUUUGGUUGAUUUAAAGCUACUUCAUUUGUAGAUGAUUAAAAUGUGGCAAUUUGGAGGUUUCAGUUACAUAUCAAUCAAGAUAGAAGAUUGGAUUAUAACCCUUUGCUAGAACAGCACUUCAUUGUUGGAAGCUGCUUCCCUAAAUGGAAGAAGAGUUGUGCUCCUGCAAGGAUCCCUUCUGCAGCAGAAGGGCCCCUUGCAUGACCCCAACUUGCCUUCUGUUCAUGGAAGGAGUUUCUGAAGACAGAAUGCUACUCCACUAAAGAUUAGACUCCAACCCACCAUAUGCACAGCCAGAACUUCCUUUGAAGUGUUCUCUGUAUUGCCUCCCAUUCACAAAGAAAGCUUGAUGAUAAAUCUAUGAGCAAAAACAUUUUCUUCCCAUGGGCAAGAACAUGUGAGUGAAAAUCAGGUAGAUCUCUACUUUCUAAAAGGGUUUGACCAGAGUCUUCAGGAUGCACUUUCUACUGUUGUUCCAUUGCUCACAAUACAACUUGUUUUGACAGCCUGUAAGUCAGUUCUGAUAGACUGUACCUGCUGUGAGUCCAUUCACUGCAUAGGAGUUGCAUAGGGAAGGCAUAUGUCCCUUGUCAGAUUGACCAAACCCGAGAAAUGCCGUGCUGCUGCUGCCGCCAACACCUUUUCAGGAAAAGUGUGAGGAUCAAUGGCCUCAAUAAUGGGCACAAAUCCUAUGUAACUUUGCUUGAAUUCAUGACAGUGUUUGAGGAAAAAUCUCAGUGGUUUAUCCUGAAGUUCUUGGUGUGCUACAAUGCAAAGCUUUUUUUUUGACGAUACUGAAUGUGAUAUAUGUAUAGAGGAGUACUUCCUUGCCUUAUGUAAGGGUUGUAUAAACUUAUUUAAGUUAUGUAGACAAAUCAAAGUGGCAUUGCUUAACCUUCAAGCAGGUAUGGUAACCAGUUUAAACAGCAAUGAUGCAAAACGUGGUCACUUUGAAAAGGUAAACCAAAGUUCCUUGACUUUUUAUAGCAAGAUGGAAAUGGUGGAUUUGAAAACUGGCCAUUCCCCUGUUUACAUACACUAAAAUUCCAAACCUGAAAUCAUUAUGAAAUAAGUAAUUUCAGCAACCACAGACUGAAUUGCUAAGAGAGCCUAUCAAACUUAUCUUAUUAUUGAAAGUUUAUGUUUUAUUUUUAUAUAUUGGAGGAUGCUCACUAUUACAAAAUAACCUUCUCAGGACAAAGAACUUUGCUCAGGGAAUAUGCCAUGUAAUUUCCCCCCCUUUUCUUCUUUUACAGAAUACUUGCUUGCUCAGAACAAAUCAAAUGUAGACUUUUUAUACUUCUGUAUACAUGUUAUGUGCUGAUGAUAGUAACUACCUCUGAGUUUACAUAUAAAUGAGUUUCUGAUAACUCAAAUAUUCACUUUUUGCAUUAUGAUUUCCCAUAAAAACGUAAGUACAGUGGCAUUUCUGUGCUUUAGAGAACAUCUUGUGACUUGACAUUCACAAGUAGGGCUGACUUUCAGAAUUGCAGGCAGGACAGCUCCUCCCUGCUUCUGAAAUUCUAAGCCACAUUGUUUACAUAUGGGGAAACAAAAUUAUUCUGUUUACAGCAAAUGUCUACCUCAUACUUACCACAUAGGCAACACCUUUGUGCUGCUCAGGCCUUAAAGGUGGCUGUUGAUCCUAUGGUACAUAUCUUUUUUAAAAAAACAAACUCUGCACCUAAUAGUCCCAAUUCAUGCAACUUGCUUUCACUGCACAUGACAGGACAAAUAUGUGCUUAAUUUAAAAAAUGAUGCAUCCAUUUGAAACAGUGUGGAAGUCUCUGCUUUAAAGUUCAGUUCUUAAGGCACAAAAAACAAAUCUGAACUUUGCAAACAGUGCAUGUAAAGGCAACUAAUUUGCUAAGGAAGAUCCUUUCUUGGGUUAUCCUCUAAAUGCAAGUAAUAGCAUAUUUUUCCUCAUUUCAGUUUGCAAAGUAUAUUUUCCAUUUUAUAACCUAAUUGCAGAACCAAGCUUUAAGUCCAGUUUGCCUGCUACACAUUGUGCCACACCCAAAUACCCAGUUCAUGGUUGCUAUAAAACUAUCCUUUAAAAUGUGCAUUUCCAUUCAAAAAUAGGCAAGCUUGAAUAAGUGCUUUGUCUGUUUGAGACCAAUACCUCUGUCUAAGGGUAUUAUCAUGGGUCAUGAUGUCACCAUCAUGGAUGUCACCAUCUUUAAAUUGUGAUAGAGUUUGCAAUAUGCACAGAUGAAUUUUUUUUUAAAAAAUUCAGAUUGUCAGUUUUUAUUAAUCCUGUUAAGGAAUGUACCCUACCUCCAUGCUCACUCAUGAUAACCUGAGCUUAAGCUGAAUUCCAUUUCAUAGAACAAUGUGAACUUGAACAGCACCUCUUGACCAAAGCUUUGGACAGCAAGCCACAUCAAGUAAAUGGAAAUGGGGCUCCCACCAGCAGGUGUCUCUUUUUCCCCCUCCAGCAAUGGAGCCCCUCCUCUCCUCCAAAAGGAUAUCAGAACGGAUGUUCGGCCUUGAGAGUCAACUUACUCUUUUUCUUCAGUGAGGGUUGUGCCACUGAACUGGCCCAAAUACUGUAUGCACACUUGCAUAGCAUCUCUUAAGACCAUUUCUGGAAGGGAAAAGCCAACAGGAUGAUUAUGUAGGUGUUCUUUGGGCACUAACAUUAACUAUGAAAAUGUGAUACAAUUGCCAAAUAAAGGCUAGUCAAUUUUU